AUGGCGUUUUCUAAUCGUGAAGAAAAUCUCGAAGACAGGCCGGGCGAUGUGGAAAAUUCCAGUGAUUUUUCCUAUUCCGUUUUAGAACGAAGCAGUGACAUCAAAUCCGAUUUAAGACGUUCUGUAAUGCAAGGUUCCGACGCGGAUUCUGGAAUCACUGUCAGCGGAGUUAAAAGUAUAAAAAUCAAACUUUACUGUGAUUUAUGUAGAGAGGACAAGAAGCUUGUGCCCGCUGAAGGUUUUUGUGUCAACUGUAAUGAAUACUUAUGUAUGAACUGCUUCGAUUUUCAUAGAAAGCAAAAGACCCUUAAACUCCACGUGCUGAAAGAUAAAUGUAACAUGCCACAAGAUAGAGAUGCAGUAAAUCCCAUUGACGCCUGUGUUGACAAAUGUUCGACGCACACAGAUAAGCUUAUAGAAUAUUUCUGCCACUCAUGCGAUCAGCUUGGAUGUUCGGCUUGCAUAGUAACGGGGCACCGUGCAUGUAAAGACGUUGAUUUCGUUCCGGAUAUUGUAGCCAACAUGGAAAACAGUGAGGAGUCCAAACAAGUGAAGAACACAGUGCAACACCUAUCACAAAAAUUAGUUCUUCACAAAAACAGAGUUGUAUCUAAUAUAGAACAAAGCAAUGCCUUCCGCAAGAAAGCAAAGGAAAAAAUUGUUAAACAAAGACAGGAAAUAGACAGCAUAUUUGAUCGGAAAGAAAAUGACAUGUAUGCUGAAAUUGAUGAAAUUUACAACGACGAUCAAGUUCAUCUGACCACUGCCUCUGACCUGAUAAAUUCAUUAACGGAUAAAGUAUCAGACAUAUAUUCUGAUCUUUGUAGUUCUUCUAGAAACCGUUGUCAACUUUUUGUCGCAACGAAAAUGGCAAAGAAAAGAAUGAAUGCUAUCGAAAGAGAUGUAGACACAUUAAAAAGUGCGAAUAAAGUUCACAAUUUUCAAUAUAAUCCAAAAAGUCAGCUACAAGAUGAAUUAGCAAAUAUUGAAAUUGGCAAAAUAAAAAGUGUCAGUUCUGAAACAACCAAACGCAGAGUAUCCUCUAGAUCUAUAGAUGUCUCAUGCAAAGAAGAUAUAAACGAAACUCGCACACGUAUUGUCACCGGUGCAUGUUUGAUACCUAACUGUCGUAUCGCUGUAAUAGAUAGUCACCGUGAUACAUGCAAACUAGUAGAUCUCAGGACGGAACAAGUAAUAUCUUUUUCGAAGUUUGAUUGUCAACCCUUUGAUGUAACAAACGUCUCUGAGAAUGAGAUUGCUGUCACAUUUCCAGUCGAGGGGAAACUAAAGUUAGUGAUGGUUUGUGAUGACGCAAGUUUGAUUGAACAAAAAACAUUUGAUGUUGGCGCGGGAUGUUGUGGCGUCCAUUACUUCAAUAGAAAAUAUGUAAUAGCAUUCAAAAAAUGUCUAGGAGGUAGACCGAGGAUAGAUAUCAUUGAUCUUCAAGGACAGCUCUUAAAAAGCAUAGAAAACGACAAUCGUAGGACGCCACUUUUUAAAUCAGCAUAUUAUGUUACCGUUAGUCCAGAUGGUGCCACCCUAUAUGUUACAGAGAGAAAUAAAAAAUCUGUAAUUUGUUUGUCUAUGGAUGGUCAAAUAUUAGGCAUAUACAUGAUGGAAAGCUCAUCAUAUGGGAUCGCAGUUGAUGAAACUGGAUCUGUUUUCGUAUGCAUGACAGAUCUAGGAACAUAUUCAAGCAUCUUGCAAUUAUCAGAUGAUUGUGAAUCAGCCAAGACUUUAUUUAAAGUUGACAGAGUAUUUCUUUCGGCAAUUACCUAUUGCAAUGAAAAUCAAUCUUUUUUUAUGCCAAAAUAUGAACAGCCUGAGAUUUUAGUAGUUAAAACGGAAAAUGUGGAUAAAGAUAGUAAAAAGUAA